CACACCGGUGCCUCGUUAGCGUCCCGCUGCCGCGGAUCUGAGGGCCCCCUGAGAGGCACCUGCGCAAGAACCUCAGCCUCUCUCCGGGGAGCGGGCCGUGUCCCGAGGCCGGGAAGCCCCGAGGCAGCCACUGGACAGGCGCUCCCAAGAGGACGAGCGCCGCGACUCCCGGGCACCCGGCGGAGUCCGCGGGACGGUGCUCCGAGGUAGUUGGUCCUCUCCGGGUAGCCUUCGGCGUCCGGUGGCCAGCCGGGCAGAGUCCACGUGACUCAGGGGGGCAACAGGCAGGAGCAUGGCUGCCACCAGACCGCUGUCCCGCUUCUGGGAGUGGGGGAAGAACAUCGUGUGCGUGGGCAGGAACUACGCAGACCACGUCAGGGAGAUGCAGAGCGCCGCACUGAGCGAGCCGGUGCUCUUCCUGAAGCCGUCCACCGCCUACGCCCCCGAGGGCUCGCCGGUCCUCGUGCCCGCCUACACCUGCAACCUGCACCACGAGCUCGAGCUGGCCGUGGUGAUGGGCAAGCGCUGCUGCGCCGUCCCAGAGGCCGCAGCCAUGGGCUACGUGGCCGGCUAUGCCCUGUGCCUGGACAUGACCGCCAGGGACGUGCAGGACGAGUGCAAGAAAAAGGGGCUGCCCUGGACUCUGGCCAAGAGCUUCACGGCCUCCUGCCCGGUCAGCGCGUUCGUGCCCAAAGAGAAGAUCCCUGACCCUCACAACCUGAAGCUCUGGCUCAAGGUCAACGGCGAACUCAGGCAGGAGGGUGAGACAUCCUCCAUGAUUUUUUCCAUCCCCUACAUCAUCAGCUACGUUUCAAAGAUCAUGACCUUGGAAGAAGGAGAUGUUAUCUUGACCGGGACGCCAAAGGGAGUGGGUCCCGUUAAAGAAAACGAUGAGAUCCAGGCUGGCAUACACGGGGUCGUCAGUAUGAGAUUUAAGGUGGAAAAGCCAGAAUAUUGAGUGUAUCCAAAGCACCCUAACUUCUUAACACGUUUCAGGGGGAAGGGGAACAAGAUAAAAGCAAGAAAAGGUUAUUUAAUGUGAUAAUCCUUUAAUGAGAAACUAAUUUUUUAAAAAUGAUUGGAUUGCUAUGCCUCAACUCAAGGAAGAUGGACCGUCGGAGAAAAACCUGAUCUAGAAGAGCUGGGCCAGAAAUGGAAAUGAGAAGCAGUGCCUCCUAGGAAACAACAAGCCAAAUGUUCAGAAAACUUACUUUCCUUUCCUAAAACUGGACCGGAUAAUACUUCAGUGGGUCAUUCUGCGACCACGUGUUCAAGACUUAAAAUCUGCAAAGGAAAUGGAAAAGCACGUUUAAUCAGUGUUUCCCAAAGUUCCUUGAUGAUGAAAAUCAUCUGGAGGUAUUUGUAAAAGUAAAAAUUUCCAAAUUGCUGGGCCAUCCCAGGCCUAAUAUAUUAAUUAAUGGAAUCAAUCUCUGGCACUCCAAGUGAUUCUUAUCAUGCAAAUGUGGAAAAACACUACUCCACAUAGUUAAUUAAAAGUUUUAUUUAAUAAGUGAGCAAUUAAUGAAAACCUCACUUGUUUACUUAGGGUGUGUAUUCUGGCCCAUAGAUUCUGAGUUAGGGAGAUAAUUUUGAAACUUGUUUCCCAAAUAAAUAUGCUGUCUUU